CAGCACGCUACCAAACCACUCCUUAAAAUAAACAUAACUCCAUAUCCAUUACCUGCAACUUUCUCUAUAAAGCUCUUCCCCUGCAACGGCUUCAAUCCCAUUAACAGCAACAAUGGCCUUCUCUCUCCGCUUCUUCUUCCUCUUCCUAGCUGCAUCUCUCUUCCUUCCCCCCUCUGAUUCAUGCCACCCCACCGACAAAGAAGCCCUUCUCCACUUCAAACUAAAAAUCACCUCCGACCCUUCUCACCUCCUCCUUUCAUGGAACUCUGCCACCGACUGCUGCUCCUCCUGGGACGGCGUCGCCUGCGAUUCCUACGGCAGAGUCACCAACCUCACCCGUCCCGGGAUUGUCUCCGGCAUCGACUUCAUCGCCGACACUUACAUGUCUGGAUCUCUCUCCCCUUUUCUUGGAAACUUGUCGUCUCUUCAAUUUCUCGACCUCAGCAAUCUCAAAGACGUUAGCGGUCGAAUUCCUUUCGAGUUUGGUAAGCUAUCACGACUCACCCAUUUGUUCCUCGAUUCAAAUAAGCUCAUGGGUUCGAUUCCUAGAAGCUUUGGGUGUCUUUUUCGAUUGGAAAAACUUUAUCUUGGCAACAAUCAGCUCUCUGGAAUCAUCCCAUCUUCCAUUUUUGAGCAUUUUAAGUGCCUUUCUGAAUUGGGUCUGUCCGGAAAUAGACUUUCGGGGCCGAUUCCUAGCUCAAUUGGGAAGUUAAUUCAGCUCAAAAAUCUUGAUUUUCAUGCUAACAAUUUCUCCGGUAGCAUUCCUAGGAGUAUUGGGAAGCUUACGAAUCUCAGAUAUCUCGAUUUCUCUGAAAAUGAGCUAACAGGGAGGAUUCCGACAUCGAUCGGUGGACUGUCGGAAUUGGUUUUGCUGUAUCUUAAUCAGAACAAGAUUUCCGGGAGCAUUCCCUCUUCCGUGUCCGGACUUAGUUCCCUAAUAUUCUGCCGGCUGUCGGAAAACCAGCUGAGUGGUCGGUUACCGGCGUCUGUCGGUAAGCUUGCAAAGAUCCAACGGCUGAUUCUUGAGAACAACAAGCUUUCUGGGAAAUUGCCGUCGUCUAUUGGCCGUUUAACUACUUUAACUGAUUUGUUCUUCGCUAACAAUCGUUUUACCGGCAAGAUUCCCAAGACUUUUGGAAAUUUGGAAAACCUCCAAACUCUGGAUUUGUCGAGGAAUUCGCUUUCCGGUGGAAUUCCUCAUCAGUUAUCAAAAUUACAGAGAUUACAGAGCUUGGAUCUUUCGUUUAAUCCACUUGGGUUGCGAUCGAUUCCGAAUUGGUUUGUAAAAAUGAAGCUUUUUAGGCUACUUUUGGCCAAAACUGGGAUUGAAGGGGCGUUUCCCAAAUGGUUGUCUUCAUCUUCUAUAUCAGUUCUUGAUUUGUCGGCCAAUCGAUUAACAGGGCCGUUGCCACAUUGGCUUGGGAACAUGACCAAUCUUUCAUUCCUUAACCUGUCGAAGAACGGAUUUCAUUCGACAAUUCCAGCUGAAUUCAAGAACCUUUUACUGUUAAUGGAUCUUGAUCUUCAUUCCAACCACUUCACAGGGUGCCUUGACAACAUAUUUUCAAAAGGAGUUCAAGACCCACUUGGCCAUUUCAACUCAAUUGAUGUUUCUCACAAUCAUUUCAGUAGUUGUAUUGAUGAGAAUGUCGGAAACAGAGCAGCAAUGUCUUCGAUCAAGUCACUUGUUUUAUCCGACAACGAAUUGGAAGGGGAAAUUCCCAAGUCGUUGUCGGAACUUAGUGAGUUACAUGUACUGGACGCAGCUAGAAACAAGCUUUCCGGUGAAAUUCCGGCGGAGCUUGGAAAUGCGACGGAAUUGACCACGAUUUUUCUUUCAAAGAACAAGCUGUGUGGGCGGAUUCCAGCAGAGGUGUUGAAUUUGCAGAAGCUUUGGAAGUUCGACGUGUCGGAAAACAGACUUUGUGGGAAAAUUCCGCCGCAUAAAACCCAUUUCCCGGCAUCUGCGUUCAAGCAUAACCGUGGACUCUGUGGAGCUCCUCUUCCUCCCUGCAAGCAUUCUUAAUGAUGUUCUCUUUGGUUUAGAUUAUGUAACGAACUUGAUUUAUUCUUUUGUUCUUUGAUUUGUUCUUUAAUCUGUUGUUAAUGAUUGUGAUGAAUAAAAAUCAUGAACAGAGGUAGAGAGGAUGAGAGGGAUUUUGUUCAA